AUGAUGAUGGCCUCUAUCAAGACCAAAAAGGGUUUAUUCUGGAAAUGUUUUGCUGCAGUUACUGUAGUCAUUUUGUUUUUGUGGUUGUUGUAUUCACCUUCAACAUCAAAUUAUAUAUUCAAUAACAACACUGUCCAGAAAGACUCCAAUGUACCAUCUUUAGAUCAGUUGAAUGUCAAUGACAAUAUAGUGUGUUCAGCCACAAAGGAUGGCCUACCAUCCACUGAAUAUGCCGUCAUGAUUGAUGCUGGAUCAUCAGGCUCUCGUGUGCAUGUGUAUCGAUUCAAUGUAUGUAACGACCCAGUCUUGGAAGACGAAGUUUUCCACAAGCUCGAACCUGGAUUAUCCUCGUUCAAAGACGAUGCUGAGGGGGCUGCCAACUCAUUGAAGCCCUUGAUGGAGAUUGCGGUCAAGAGCGUACCCGAGGAACAUCAAAAAUGUACACCCAUUGCCGUCAAGGCCACUGCUGGUUUGCGUAUGCUGGGCGCUGAGAAGAGCGAUCGCAUUCUUGCCAGCGUACGUAAAUAUUUGGAAACAUAUCCAUUCCCUAUUGCUAAAGACAAUGGCAUUGAAAUUAUGGAAGGCAAAGACGAAGGUGUUUAUGCUUGGAUUACGGUCAACUAUUUGUUGGGUAAACUCAAAAAGAGCCAACGUGGACAAUCAGCAGCUGUCUUUGAUUUGGGAGGUGCAUCGACUCAGAUUGUGUUUGAACCCACAUUUCCAAUGACAGAGUCCAUGUCGGAAGGCGAGCACAAGUAUGAACUGGAUUAUCAAAACAGCACUUUUGGGUUGUAUCAGCAUUCCUACUUGGGUUACGGCUUGAAUGAAGCUCGCAAGCGCAUCAAGGCUGAACUGGUCAGCAUGUGGAAAGAAGAGGCGGCAUUGACUGGCAAAGUGUACCACCCUUGUUUGCCUGCAGAUCACACAGAAGAGAUUGAGCUCAAGAAUGGCACCAUGAUCCAAUUGGUGGGUACUGGAGCUGGACAUGCCGAGUGUCGUGGUAUCAUUGAAAACGUGUUCAACAAGGACAAGCUAUGUGAGUUGGGUCCAUGUGCCUUUGAUGGUGUCUACCAACCUUCCAUUACCGAUACAUUCAAGGACAGAGAUUUGUACGUAUUUUCCUACUUUUACGACUUGACUCAGCCCUUGGGUAUGCCACUUGAGUUCAGUGUACGUGAAUUAGGGGAAUUGACGGACCGUGUGUGUCGUGGUGAAACAAAGCCAUUCCUGCAUGUACCUGGUGCCAUCCAAACAUUGCGAGACAAGCCUGAUUAUUGCUUGGAUCUAACAUAUAUCCACAACCUCCUUAAAUUCGGCUAUGAUAUUCCCAAUGACAGAUUAGUGCGUACAGCCAAAAAGAUUCGUGGGGCUGAAACUGGCUGGUGUUUGGGUGCCUCCAUUGCCAUGAUUGAUGAAGCCAAGCUUUGUCAAGUUUAA